CAGAUUACAGUGCCGGUCGUUCGCUCCCGCCAUUUAGCGAGCAGCAAUAGAGAACAAACGAAAUCAUGGCAUACGCAGCGACGAAGCCUACUAAACGUGGUUUGGAGGAACCACAUGAGCAGGUUCACCGCAUCAGGAUCACCCUUUCUUCUAAGAAUGUCAAGAAUCUCGAGAAAGUGUGCGCGGAUCUAGUCCGAGGUGCCAAGGAUAAGCGGCUGAGAGUUAAAGGGCCAGUGAGGAUGCCCACUAAAGUUCUCCUCAUCACUACUAGGAAAUCGCCCUGUGGUGAAGGAACUAACACGUGGGAUAGAUUUGAGCUCCGUGUACACAAGCGAGUGAUUGAUCUUGUUAGCUCCUCUGAAGUCGUGAAGCAAAUUACCUCCAUCACCAUUGAACCUGGUGUGGAGGUUGAAGUUACAAUCGCAGACCCGUAAUUUAUAUGCUUGUCAUCUUCUUAAUUCAUUUUUGCCCAUCUCGUAGUUAAUGUAGAGAGGUCUCUUUUGUUCCAUCUUUCAGAUCAAAUGAUUCUGAAACGUUUCUUAUUUUUCAAAUUUUGCUUGUGAGA